AUGUCGACCUGGGCAGCAAUGGCGGCUGCCGGUGCUAAAGCAUCAGUUUCCACUCCAAAACAGGAAACCACCACUGCCGACCAAGCAGUGGAAUCGCCCAACGCAGCUGCAUCUACUUCAGCAUCGGUGGAUGGCGAUGAUGUCUCUUCCAAAGCAGGUGUGAGAACUAAAAAACCACGCAUCGACACGCUCAUCCUCGACGCAGGUGCGCUCAUUAUGCGAGCGCCGCUCGACGGUCUCGCCUCGGAAUACUACAUCCCACCUCGCGUCAUCGAAGAGAUCAAGCAUGCUUCUGCUCGCGAGUAUCUCGAAUCGCUCCGACUCCGACCGGAUUUCCAGCUUCACGUUGUACAGCCAGGUCCCGCCAGCAUGGUUGCAGCCACCGAAUUUGCAAAAAAGACAGGUGACAUUGGGGUGCUGUCAACGCAGGAUUUGGAGGUGAUUGCGCUGACGUACGAGAGGGAGGUGCAUAGACACGGUACUAAGCGCAUUCGUACCUGUCCGGAUGGCAAGAGAGGAGAAACAUCAUCUUACAGCUCUGCUGCUGCUACAAAGCCAGCUGGAGAGAGCGCUGAACGCGUUCAGGCUUCUACUUCUUCGGCGCCCGCGAUUGCCGCUGACCAGAAGUCAGCUCGUCAAGCUGCGAUUGACAAGAAACGACAGCAAAAGGCAGAAGCAAAACAGAAGAAGCUCGAAGAGGAGGCUGCGGCACAAGGUCUCACUGCCGAUCAGCUCGUAGCACAACGCAUCAAGGAGAACCGCGAGAAGAAGGCAGCAAAGAAACAGGCUAAGGAGACAGCAACAGAGAAAGAAGCACAGCCGACCAUCGCAGCGGCGGAAGAAGAGGGUACAGCACAGAGCGAUUUGCAAGAACAGCAAUCUUCAGCACAGGUCGAGCCAGGUCCUGAGCAAGGCUGGGUGGAAGUAGAGUAUACAGACGAAGAAUCAGACGAAGAGGGCGAUGGUGCCUGGAUCACGCCAGACAACGUGCAAAAGGCCAAGAACCUGAGCAUGGGAUUUGUCUCUGACAACCGCAUGCCAGGUUGGAAGUAUUCCGAGCAAAUCAAGGAUCACGUCCCUGAACCCGCCGAGUUGCUUGCACCGGAAGAGCCGCUCGAAGAGGGUUGGUCACGCGUCGAAUCGGGUAGCAAAUCCAACAGCAAAUCUCAUAGCAAACACCGCGUAUCGCGCGACUACAAUGAUCCAUCGAUUCAGUCGCGACCUUCGCUCUCGUGGGAUGCGAUGGGCAACACGUCCAAAGGCGGCCACAUGACUGUUGCGUGCAUCACGGGCGAUUUUGCUGUGCAAAACGUGCUGCUGCAGAUGGGAUUGUCUCUGGUCGGUGUUCACGGCUCGCGCGUUCGAGCAGUCAAGUCGUUCGUCCUGCGCUGCCAUGCCUGCAUGAAGGUGUGCAAGGACAUGGAAAAGAAGUUUUGCCCCGUUUGCGGUAAUGCUACACUCACCAAAGUCGCCGUCACCGUCGAUGACACUGCCAAGGGCGGUUUCCAGCUUCACCUCAAGAAAAAUUACCGCUUCAACCUGCGCGGUACCAAGUAUUCGAUCCCCGCGCCAAAGCCUGGUUCUGCCUCGGGAGGCAAGACUGGUGGUUCGGGUUUGAUCCUUCGUGAAGACCAGUUGGAAUGGCAGCGCGCUCUGGCCAAGGAGGCUAGCAGGAAGCGCAAGGAGGAGAGAGCGUUGGAAAGGGCUAUGCGGGCGGGCAAGGACUCGCUCUCGGUUAGGUACGAAGAGGCGUGGGAUUACGGUGACAUCUUCUUGGGCAGUCAGUUUGCUUCCAGGGACAAGAGCAAUCUACCCGUCAUCGGGCACGGCAGAAAGAACCCAAAUGCCAAUCGCCGUACGCGCAAGUAG